AUGACCGGCAAAGAGAACACAGAGAUCCAAAUAGUAAAUGGAACUAAAUAUUUGGUGAAUCCCUUAUCGUGGGAAAGAAUUAAGUGGAUUGUUGGAAAUAAUAAACUUGAACUAUUCGCUCGUUCGCCUACAGAAGCAAAGAAAUACAAGGAAUUCCGCGACUCAUUCAAGAGCUCCAGUUCUACCACUAGUUUAUACAAACGUCUUGUAUGCCAGCAGCUUCAAUGGGCGCCAUUAUCUAUCAUUAAUGAUCCAAAUAUCGCCGAUACAGAUAUAGAAAUCUCCUCUGCUAGUAAAACCCUAUUUUACGCUGCUUCCGAUAUCAAGAUUUUAAAGAAUGAUUUCCCAUACCAUUUUGAGAAAGCAGUUACGCAUUUAUUGGUGUGGACAAAAGUUCCUAUUCCAUCAGAUCCUCAAAGCAAAGAUGGCGAUAUUUCCCCAGCCACAAGAAGGGUAAUUAACAAAUACAUCUCCAAGACAUUCAUGUCACUGAAUGAAGGUUCUAGAAUGCGGGUGGAAAGUGGAAAUAUAAUGUGGUUCCGUAACUGGUCAGCGCUACAGAGUGUCAAGCAGAUAAGCCACAUCCACGUUUUGAUACAUGGGGCUUCUGAUGAGGAUAUUGAAAGAGUUGUUGGAAGUUCUGGCAUACCUUUGACUCUUGAGGAAAUUGAAGAGGCCGAGAACCAUAAAAAUUUGAAUGUGAAGGAAAAUUUGUAG